AUGAACAUCAAUACGAUGCUCAAAAUGCCAUCGGGGCAUUCCAUACCGGCUCUAGGCUACGGCGUCUACCAGACACCUGCUGGUGAGGCAGAGGACGUGGUUCUCCACGCUUUCAAGUCUGGCUACCGCCAUGUUGAUUCGGCGCGAGUAUACCGCAAUGAGCAGCCAUGCGCCGACGCGAUCCGCAAGUCUGGUAUCCCGCGUGGCGAGAUAUUCUUAACCUCCAAAGUACCUCCGAGAUCAAUGGGCUAUGAUGCCACCAAAGCUGCCAUUCAGUCCAGCUUCUCACAGACCGGUCUAGAUUACAUUGACCUAUACCUCGUCCAUGCACCCUAUGGCGGCCCUCAAAAUCGAAGGGGAACGUGGCGAGCCCUUGUUGAGGCACAGCAGGCGGGAAAGAUCAGAUCGAUAGGUGUGAGUAACUACGGCGUGCAUCAUUUGAAUGAGCUGGAGGGCUACAUCAAAGAACUCGAGACACAGAAUGGUGCGGGAAAAGGCGGCGAAAUCAGCGUCGGACAGUGGGAGCUGCACCCUUGGCUGGCAAGACCCGAUAUUGUCGUUUGGUGCAAAGAGAGAGGCAUCGUUAUUGAAGCAUAUUGCCCUAUUGUUAGAGGUCAGCGGUUUGGUGAACCUUCGUUGCAGAAAUUGGUCAAGGCUCAUGGGAAGACACCUGCCCAAGUACUACUCAGGUGGAGUCUUCAAAAAGGGUUUGUUCCAUUGCCAAAGUCAGUCACGCAUUCUCGGAUCGUCGAGAAUGCAGACGUCUAUGACUUUGAGUUAUCGCAAAGUGAUAUGCAAGCCCUGGAAACCACGGAAUACUCUCCUGUGUCGUGGGACCCAACGGUUGAUCGGGACUGA